UUUGCUGUUUUAUUGUUUUAAUUUGAUUAUUUUAUAGUUAUUUUGCAGUUAUGGCAUGGCAUGAUAUGUUAUUGUUAUUUUGAAUAUUAAGUGAGGUUAUUGGUUAUAUAUAUAUAUAUAUAUAUAUAGGUUUCUAUUGCAAGUUUCUUCGAUUAAAAAAAAAUCAAAUUUUUCUAGGCUCUGCCUAGGCGUUAGGCCCCAGCCUGGCGCCGGACUAGUGCCUAGCGCCUUUUAGAACAUUGGAUGACGUUGUGGUUACAGGAAAUAAUGAAGAAGAACAACAGAUUCUCAAGGAAAAUUUAGCUAAGGAAUUCGAAAUUAAAGACCUUUGAGCUCCCAAAUAUUUUUUUGGGAUUGAAGUAGCAUACUCUAAGGUUGGAAUUUUCUUAUCUCAACGUAAGUAUGUACUUGACUUGCUAGCUAAAACAGGUAUGAUAGGGGGGAAAAGGAGCUAGCAUACCCGUAGAGCCUAACAUCAAAUUGCAAGAGAAUCCUAAUGCUGAGGCAGUUGAUAAGGGAAGGUUCCAAAGGUUAAUGGAUAGGUUGAUAUACCUCUCCAUACUAGGUCUGACAUGGCCUUUGCUGUCAGCCUAGUAAGCCAAUUCAUGCACAAUCCAACCGAGGAGCAUAUGCAUGCAGUAUGGAGGAUCCUAAACCCCCUAAAAGCUACACUAGGCAAGGGCAUUCUAUUUAAACAAGGGGCUGAUUUAAGUAUCGAAGGAUUUACUGAUGCUGAUUAUGGAGGGUCUCUAAUUAAUAAGAGAUCUAUUAUUGGAUAUUGUGUGUUUUUAGGGGGCAAUCUGGUGUCUUGGAGAAGUAAGAAGCAAGGGAUUGUGACAAGAUCAAGUGUAGAGGCAGAAUUUAGGGCUAUGGCCCUUGGUUUGCGUGAGUUGUUGUGCCCACGAAUCAUUCUAGAGGAUUUGAAGAUCAAGGUGCAAGGUCCUAUUGAACUAUUUUGUGAUAAUCAGUCAGCUAUUAAUAUUACUCAUAAUCUUGUUCAACAUGACAGGAUAAAGCAUAUCGAAAUAAACCGACACUUCAUUAAGGAAAAGCUGGAUGCUGGCUUACUUCAAAUCCCCUAUGUGCCAUCAGAAAAUCAAGUGGCAAAUCUUCUCACUAAAGGGCUGGCUGUAAAAAGGUUUGAAGAUCUAAUAGACAAGUUGGGAAUGAUAGACAUUCAUUCACUAGCUUAAGGAGGAGUGUUGGUGAACGAAGAUGUGUGUGAUAGUCAUAUAUGCAGUUUUAGAAACUUCCUAAUUUGGAAUAGGAUCUUUCCUAAUUCAGCUUUAGGAAACUUUCCUAAGAAUGUAAAUAUGUAUCCUUUCCUUAUGUUGUAUUUCUUGUAGAAGGUGGUUUUCCUUAUGUAGCUUCCCUACUCCUCUAUAAGAGGACAUCACCGUGUAUAUUCUGAAUUAAUGGAGAAUCAUUCUGAUCAAUUUCAUUCAGUUUCCUACAGUUUUGAUUUUUCCCCAUUAUUUUUGUUUUGAUUCAUUGACAUUAAAGAACUUAUAAGUAGAGCAUACAAAUUUUAGUUGUUGCUUGCAUUGUGAAUGUAAAUUAGUACAAUUUAAAAUCCUGCAGUUUUUGCUUUUUAGCUUUUUGGUUGCAUUAAUGUAAUAUUCAGUUGUUUCUUGUUGAUAUUUUUCCUUUGAUUGUUCUUAUUUUUCUUGUAAUCAAUGAGUGAAAUUAAAUAGUAGCCUAAAAGAUUGUUUUGAACCUUAUUUAAACUAUUGAGUUUUUUAAAAUGAAACUUACUGGAUACAAGUACGCAUUACCCUAUGGGUAAUGGGUUUAGGGUAUGGGUACAAUGUGAUUACAGAGUUGUGGUGAAGGGACCCAUACCCUUCCCAUUGCCAUCUCAAGAAAUUGGCUUCAAUUACCCAAUGCUGGAUGGAGAGGUUUGAUUAGCUAUUGGAGCUCUGCACUGUCACACCCUUAGAGAUGAGUUAGGGUAUGAAAAGGGACUUGGGAAGAUUAAGAGAAGAACUUGGGGGAGAGACCAGUUGGGAGGGAGAGAACAACAAGAAGAUAAGGGAGAAGAUUAUAGAGAGAGAGAGAGAGAGAGAGGGAGGGAGAAAUAUUAGGGAGAAAUAGAAUAUUCAAUUCAUUCUCAUCAUACCUUCUUCCUAUGGUAAGGCAAUAUAUAUAUAGCCUCACUUUAGCUACUAGAAAAAGGUCUCUAACCACCUAAGCUACAAGACAAAAAGGGAAAAGACAAAAGGGAAAAAUAUCAUAACAACCUCUAGUUAUAAGACAAACAACCCUAAUAGAAAUAGAAAUUAAAAAAUAGAAAACCAAAAUUACAGAAAACCAAAAAAUACCCUUGGAAUGUGACAUGCGCCAACUCAUCCAUAUGAUAAUUAAUUACAUUUAUAUCCUAAAUUGUAAAUAUAUGGAUAAAUUACCCCUAAAAAACUUGAACUUUAACCAUAUUUUUUAUUUUUGAUUGACUUUUUAAUUUUUUCAAUAGUCACAUUUAAUUUAUUUUUUUGUUUGUCCCCAUCAGUAAUUCCUGUUAAACGAUAAGUUUAAUGGACUGUCUGAAGAAUGAGUCUGAAUCUGAAAACACGAUUAAAUUUCAUUCACCUUUUGAUAAUUAACCCUAAAUAUAUAAGCACAUUCACACCACAUUUGAAACCAAUUAUUACCCAUAGGGUAAAUUGCCCCCACACUAGCCUUUUGCUUGGAAACCCCCCUGCAGUUUGUUUCUUGCCCAACAGGUCCCUGUACUUCUCCUAAAUUGCUAGGACACCCUUUAUUUAUGGUGUUAAUUAAGAUCAAAUUAAAUUAACAUUAAUCCUAGUCUCUAUCUAAUUAAAAAAUAAAAACUAAAAAUAAAAAAAAAGUUAAAAAAAUGCCUCAUUGCUUAAACCCAGCUGGUUCCAACCAUCUCUGGCUGGAACCCUUUCUGGGUUGCAAAUGCUUCUAGGGUUCUAAGGUCCGUGCGUCAAGCAUUGAACGAUCAUCAUCUUUCCUGGUUUCUCUCUCUCUAUAUGCAUAUUAUCUCUGUUUUAAAAUCAAUUUUGGAUGACAUGAUUUUAUUGUAAAAUCUCAUUUUAGAAAAGAUUGAGAAUUUGUAGUGAUCAAUGAGUUCAACUCAAAGAGUGGGGCUUCCAUUGAUGAAUCUUGUUAGAUUUAAGGGAUUGCCGAUUUUGAAGCAACUGCACUUGGAGGAACAGCUGCUCCGGACCUCUUCUGAUAAUUGGUGCCUCAUAAAUGAUGGAACAGAUGCUCCAACCAUUGUCAUGGGCCUAUCUGGGAAACCUUUUGAACUUCUUGAACUUGGAUCUGUAUUACAAGAUCAGAUUCCUGUCAUCAGGAGGUUUAGUGGGGGAGGCACUGUAAUUGUUGAUUCUGGAACAAUAUUUGUCACCCUUAUAUGCAACAGGGAUGCUGUUCCUGGUGUACAACCAUAUCCCCAUGCCAUUAUGCAUUGGAGUGGCCUGCUGUACAAUGAAGUUUUCAAAGGAAUUGAUGACUUUCAACUCCGAGAGAAUGAUUAUGUCUUUGGUAAUUGCAAAUUUGGAGGGAAUGCUCAGUCCAUAACGAAGAAACGUUGGGUUCACCACACUUCAUUUUUAUGGGAUUUUGAAGCCAGGAAUAUGGCCUACUUGAAAUUGCCCAGAAAGGCUCCAGAAUAUCGAUUGACAAGGAAGCACAUGGAAUUUGUUUGUCGAAUGAAGGACUACAUUACCAGGCCUCUCUUCAUAGAUAGGACAGCCAAGGCAAUUGAAAACCAUUUCUAUGUAAAACCUGUUGACUUGGAAUUAGAUGCUGCUGCUUGUGAGGCAGGAUUUGUUAGAUCCACUAGGCUUUUGAUGAAGCAGGAACUUGAGGAAGCUCUGUGCACCUCCACUUGAAAAAUCCGUCCCAGUGAUAUUAAGUAUUAAUCAAUCCAUUACUUUUGUUUGUUUUCAGGACAAGUGUUAGUAGUUUUGCUUUUGCUUAGAUUGUUUUGUUUUGUGCAAGUGUAGCGAAUAAAAACUAUGAAGGUGGUUUCUAAUGGGAAGGAAGGAAGAGGGGUCCGUCUUUAUGCUA